AUGGAAGAAGCCCACGGUCAAAGCUUGGAGGAUGACUUUGAGGGACAGGCCACACACACUGGCCCCAAGGGAGUGAUCCAUGACUGGAGGAAGUUCAAGCUGGAGAGUGUGGAUCACACCUGCACAGCCCCAGCCGGUAAGAGGGAGAUGCUUCGACAAAUGUCUUCGCCCCAGAGCAGCGAGAUGCAGCCAGAACGAACGGGCAGGAAGAUGAGCCUCCACGAGUACGAGCUCGUCCACCAGGAGGAGGAGGACGAGCGCUGCCUUCGACGGUACCGCCGGCGCUGCAUGCUGGACAUGCACCAGAGGCUGAGUUUCGGGCCGUGCCACGGGCUCCUGUACGAGCUGGAGAGCGGGGAGCAUUUCCUGGAGACCCUCCAGCAGGAGCACAAGGUCACCCCGGUCCUGGUCCACGUGUACGAGGACGGCAUCCAGGGCUGCGCCAGCCUCAAUCACAGCCUGGAGCAGUUGGCCGCCGAGUACCCCACGGCCAAGUUCUGCAAGAUCAGGGCCUCCGACUCGGGCGCUGGAGACCGCUUCCCCCCGCAGGUGCUGCCCACGCUGCUUGUCUACAGGGGCGGCGAGCUCAUCGGCAAUUUCACGAGUGUGGCCGAACAGUUUGCAGAAGAGUUUUUUGCUGGGGAUGUGGAGUCUUUCCUCAACGAGUACGGGUUGCUUCCUGAGAGAGAGGUGUGUGCCCCAGAGCAGAGCGAAUCGGAGGAGGACGCUGAAUAG